AUGAUCGUGUUUGACAUAAACAAUUACGAUAACGACGUCACCACAUUUUCGCCCACUGGCCGUAUAUUUCAGGUGGAAUACGCCCUUGAAGCUAUAAAGCAGGGCUCUGCUGCUGUGGGUUUGGUGUCCAAGACUCACGUUGUUUUGGUGGCUUUGAAAAGAAAUGCUGAGGAAUUGGGAUCAUAUCAAAAGAAGGUCAUCAAGAUUGAUGAACAUAUGGGAGUUGCUCUUGCAGGUUUAGCUCCUGACGCAAGAGUGUUGUCCAACUUCCUUCGUCAACAGGCAAUGACAUCCAAGAUGGUGUUCAAUAGACCUCUCAAUAUGGCCAAGGCUGUCUAUUCGAUUGCAGAUAAAGCCCAAGAAAAUACGCAAUCGGCAGGCGGAAGACCUUACGGUGUGGGGCUUUUAGUGGCAGGUGUGGAUGAGACAGGUCCUCAUUUAUAUGAGUUCCAGCCUUCUGGUUCAGUGCUUGAGUAUUUUGGAGCCGCCAUUGGUGCCAGAUCUCAGGCUGCAAGGACUUUUUUGGAGGAUAAAUUCAAGGAAUUCCCAGAUGCUUCUAGAGAUAAGUUGAUUGAAUAUGGAUUGACAGCAUUGAGAGAUACUUUAGCUCAAGAUAAAGAACUCAAUUUGCACAAUACUACAGUGGCUGUGGUUGGUAAGGAUGAGCCAUUCACAGUGUAUGAUGAUGAGGAUGUUGAGAAGUAUUUGGGUAUGUUAGAUUCGUUGACGAACAAGAGGCAUAGAGAUGAGGGUGAGGGUGAGGGUGAGGGUGAGGGUGAGAGCGAAGGCGAAGGCGGCGAAGGUGCCGAAGCCACUGGCGCUGCUGAAACCACUGACGCCGCUGAAACCACUGACGCUGCCGAAACCACAGAGACCACCCAAGUCACGACAGACACAAUGGAUACUGAUUAA